AUGAAAACAGUGCUUGAUUUAUACAAUCUGCAAGAUGAUGUUUUAUUAUUAAAUAACGACGAAUUUUUCAAUUUUGUUAGACAAGUUUGUGGUGAUGUCGAAGCUGACAUACUAAAAGUACAAGGUAUACACAAUGUUCGUUGUUUGCUACAUACACCAAAUGUAUUAUCAAUAUUAGAUCUUGAUUGUAAUGAAGUCGACGAAAUAAAACAAAAUGCAUGUUUUAAGCUAAAUAAUGGUGAAUUUGUUAUUAAACAAGGUGUAAAAGGGAAUUUAGAAGAUCUUGCUGGUGCGUUAAAAACAAAAAAUGAUAAAUAUAAAAAACGAUUACAAGUCCAACGAGAGCUGUUGCCACCGUCAACGAUAAAUGGAAACAAUAAUAUUAGUCAAAUAACAUCAUUGACGACAACACCUUCGAUAACAAUGGUGACAUCAAAAUGUCUAACAGUGAAUGAUCAUAUAACAUUUAUUAAGGAAUAUAUUGAAAAACAUUCAAGAAAAAUUUUUGAUUCGAUGGUACUUAAAGAGGGCGAGCACUAUCGCUUAACAGUUACUCUGUCGGAUAAUGCAUUUGAAGCCAGAAUUAAAUGUCAGUGUGGCGGUACAUUAAAUUUGCCUUUACGUGAUGAUAAAACCACGUUUAUUUUAUCUAAUUAUUAUAAACAUCUUGGAGAUACAAAUUGUUCAAUGGUCAAACGGAUAAUGAGAGACGAAAAAAAAGUUGUUGAUAAUACAUCUAAUAAUAUAACGCUAUCAUUAUCACCACCAUCGAUAACAACAGCUUCGCCUAAUAGUGAUAAUACCAAAACAACGUCAAGAGUCAAACGAAAACGCGAGCAUACUUGUUCGUCAACACCUUCACCACCAUCUUCAGCUGUAAAAAGAUCAAAGAGACAACGAAAAUAA